UCCACCACCAUGGCUUCUUUGACACUAGCCCUUGUGCUCCUUUUCCUAGGGAGCUCCUCAGCCCAGCUCUCUGCCAACAGUGAAGACGGUCAUCCAAUCCGCUAUCUCAAGCGAGAAGCGGAUGGGUGCCUCAAUCCUUCACCUCUUCUUCCAUGACUGCUUUGUCAAUGGGUGCAAUGGAUCCUGGAUUGUUACAUCAUUGCUCCUAGAUGACACCUCAAGCUUCACCGGUGAGAAGACCACAAACCCAAACCGGAACUCCACCAGGAGCUUCGAUGUCAUCGACAAGAUAAAGGCCGCGAUGGAGAAGGCAUGCCCAGGGCUUGUGUCGUGUGCCGCCAUCUUGGCGAUCGCUGCAAGGGACUCUGUGGUCCUUCUUGGUGGGCCUAAUUGCAAUGUGAAGCUGGGGAGAAGGGACACAAGGACAGCAAGCCUCUCUGGGGCCAACAGCCUCAAGCCUCAGCAAUCUCAUCUUUAA